UAGAUUAGAGAGCAGGACAAGCCCAAAGGUUCAAGGAGGGUUUAAGAAGAAGAAGAAGAAGAAGAAGGCGGCCCCUUCCCCCAGUUCUUCAUCACCGUCACGCAGACACUUCCUUCCUCUCUUUCUAUGAAUUCCAUUGUCUCUGUAAAUAACUUCGUCAUCAGUCCCUCCUCUCCUUACAGUUUGAUUCUGUUUCCCAUUUGAUGUCCCCCACUAAAGCCCCCAUAGUCUAUUCUCAUCUCAAUCCAGGACCUGGGAAACCGAGCAUCCUGUGCGGGAAACCAUCGAGGCUUUCCACAGUUAUGUGGAGAAACAUAGCCAAGCAGCUAACUUCAAGAACUUCGAGGUACUUCCGCGGUGUCGGCGUGCGCGGCUUCUUGGGGCUACCCCAAGAGUCGGCUGUGCCUGAUAAGUUUAGUUUCAAGCUCAAGCCGUUCGACUCCUGCCCGGUAUCAACUUCGGGUCUUUACGAGGCGGGUGGUCGUCGAAAUGGUGAAAUCCUGUCAAAUGAGGAUCCUUUAAUCGGGAGGCCCAGCUGCUUCCACCUUGGGCUUGGUGGGUUUUGCCCCAAGGGGUACGCAAGUGUGGCCGAGGCGGUGGUCUCUUCAACUGAUGUUGAAGAGGAUUUGCCGACCACCGAGGAGGUUCAGGAACUGUUGGAGGAGCUGAAUAGGGCGGAGCAGAAGGAGAGACAGACCAUUCGGAGAAGGCACCGAGAAAUAGAAAGGGGAAUUGCGUCGAAGAAAUAUCAUAUGCUGAAGCGAAGGCAGGUGAAGAUUGAGAGUGAGGCGUGGGAACAGGCAGCUAAGGAGUAUAUGGAGCUUCUGUCUGAUAUGUGUGAGCAGAAGUUGGCCCCCAACUUGCCUUAUAUGAAGUCUUUGUUCUUGGGUUGGUUUGAGCCAUUGUGCAAAGCUAUUGCCGAUGAGCAGGAGAUGUAUAGGUUGGGGAAGAAUAAGAUGGGUCAUGCUCGGUAUUUCGAUCAAUUGCCUGCAGAUAUGAUGUCAGUGAUCACUAUGCAUAAGUUGAUGGGACUAUUGAUGACCGGAGGGGAACAUGGUGUUGCUAGGGUUAUUCAGGCAGCCUGUACCAUCGGCGAUGCAAUUGAGCAGGAGGUUAGAAUAAACAGGUUCUUGGAAAAAACAAAGAGGAAGAAGGGGAAAAAGGUAGAUGAAGGUGAAGGAGCCGAAGCUGGUCCUGUAUCUCUGGAACAAGACAAGUUGAGGAGAAGAGUUACUACUUUGAUAAAGCAAAAGAAGCUUCCAGCAGUGAAGCAGCUAGUGAACAGGCAUGAUGAUUCUAGACCUUGGGGCCAGGAUAUUAAAGCGAAGGUUGGAAGUCGUCUGAUCGAUUUGUUGAUUCAAACAGCUUACAUUCAAUCCCCGGCUGAUCAACCAGCAGAUAAUCCGCCUGAUGUUCGUCCUGCAUUUUCUCACACAUUCAGAACUAUUAGAAAAGAUGCAAAGUGUGACGGAAGAAGAUACGGUAUUAUCCAAUGCGACCCACUGGUUCUCAAAGGCUUGGAGAAAACGGCGAGACAUAUGGUGAUCCCUUAUAUGCCUAUGUUAGUGCCCCCAGUAAAGUGGACAGGUUAUGACAAAGGAGCAUACUUCUUUUUACCUUCCACUGUCAUGAGGACUCAUGGUGUUAAACAACAACGUGAAGCUGUUAAGAGGGCCCCAGGGAAGCAACUAGAGCCAGUUUUUCAGGCUUUGAAUACACUCGGGACAACUAAAUGGAGAAUAAAUAGAAGAAUACUGGGCGUUGUGGAUAGAAUAUGGACUAAUGGAGGCCGCCUUGCUGAUUUGGUGGACCGAGAUGACAUACCAUUGCCUGAAAAGCCAGAUACGGAAGAUGAAGUACAACUUAAAAAAUGGAAGUGGAAAGUCAAAAAUGUCAAGAAAGAAAACAGGGAGAGGCAUUCACAGCGUUGCGAUAUAGAGCUUAAAGUUGCUGUGGCUAGAAAAAUGAAGGAUGAAGAGGGUUUCUACUACCCACACAACCUUGAUUUCAGAGGCCGUGCAUAUCCCAUGCACCCUUACUUGAACCAUCUUGGUUCUGAUUUAUGUCGUGGCAUUUUAGAAUUUGCAGAGGGCCGCCCCUUGGGGCAGUCUGGGUUACGCUGGCUUAAGAUACAUUUGGCGAAUUUAUUUGCGAAUGGGGUGGACAAGCUAUCUCAUGAGGCAAGAUUAGCAUUCACAGAGAAUCACUUGGACGAUAUUUUUGAUUGUGCUGACCGACCACUAGAAGGCAAUCGAUGGUGGUUAAAUGCAGAAGAUCCAUUCCAAUGCUUGGCUGUUUGCAUUAAUCUAACUGAAGCUCUGAGGAGCUCAUCCCCGGAGACUUUUGUGUCACAUAUUCCUGUCCAUCAGGAUGGUUCAUGUAAUGGAUUGCAACACUAUGCUGCUCUUGGAAGAGAUAAGUUGGGUGCUACUGCGGUGAAUCUGGUUGCAGGAGAAAAGCCUGCAGAUGUGUACUCAGGAAUAGCUUCUAGAGUUCUAGAUAUUAUGCGGAGCGAUGCACAAAAGGAUCCUGCAAUUUUCCAGGAUGCAGUACAUGCAAAGAUGUUAGUGAAUCAGGUAGACAGGAAACUGGUGAAGCAGACAGUUAUGACAUCUGUGUAUGGAGUCACUUAUAUUGGUGCUCGGGAGCAGAUCAAGAGAAGAUUGAAGGAACGUGGGGCCAUUUCCGAUGAUACGGAGCUAUUUCGGGCAUCUUGUUAUGCUGCUAAGGUUACCUUAACUGCCUUAGGUGAGAUGUUUGAAGCUGCACGGGAUAUCAUGAGCUGGCUGGGAGAAUGUGCGAGGAUAAUUGCAGCUGAAAAUCAACUGGUUCAGUGGACAACUCCGCUUGGGCUCCCUGUGGUGCAACCUUACCGUAGGCUGGGAAGACAUCUUGUGAAAACUUCUCUUCAGAUUCUGACAUUGCAACGGGAAACCGGAAAGGUCAUGGUCAAGCGGCAGAGAACGGCUUUUCCCCCGAAUUUUGUCCACUCCCUCGAUGGGUCCCACAUGAUGAUGACUGCUGUUGCCUGCAAGAAGGCGGGGAUGAGUUUUGCAGGAGUUCACGAUUCAUACUGGACUCAUGCUUGUGAUGUGGAUAAGAUGAAUCAGAUAUUGAGAGAGAAAUUUGUGGAACUCUAUGAGACCCCUAUCCUUGAAAACUUGCUGGAGAGCUUCCAGCAGUCAUUCCCUACGUUGAACUUUCCUCCCUUACCUGAACGCGGAGAUUUUGACCUACGAGAUGUACUGGAUUCGCCUUAUUUCUUCAAUUAAUGGGGUCAAGUUACAUAACCUUUGUGCUUUCUGCUUCUUCAUGCGAUGUUUCUUGCAUGAUUUAUUUUGCAUGGAACUGAACAGAAGGCAAUACGUACCAAGUAAUUGCUUGGAACAACUUCCCUGCUGAAGGCAUUUCCCUGAAGAGUCACGUGGGCUUCAGUUCUCUUGACACCAUUUGUAUAGGCUGCUCAACAUUGGUUUUUGAGACGAGAAUGCUUCGAGGCCUCGAGAAUCUUAGUGAAUGAAUGGGCAUGCUACUGUAGAGACUGGUGAUCCAAGUCAUGCCCAGCUAGGAGGACAUGGAGGCUAGAAUUCCAUCUUUUUGGAGACGUGAAACACUGAAAAUUGGGUUUUGCGCGAUGAAGCAUAAGUGGCAGCUUGCUUCAUGAUAUGUGUUUAUAUACCUCUUAUAAUGUGUAAUCUGUGUACAGAGUAGAACUGAAAAGGUAGAAACUUGGAGCUUAUGAUACGAGGACGCGGGUUUCUCGUGCAUAUUUCAUUAGUUGGCAAGGAAGUUCAAAA